AUGUGUAUUCUUUGUAUAUGGUUAUGGAGGAAUGGGAAAACGUAUUUGUGGAGAUUAUUAUGUGCAACAUUAAGGCGUAAAGGGGAAAUUGUUUUGCCAGUUGCAUCAAGUGGAAUUGUCUCUUUGUUGUUUCCACGUGGGAGAAUUGCGCAUUCUAGAUUUGGUCUACCGCUAAAUGUCGAUGAGAACUCAACAUGUCAUGGCAUUAAGCUUGUGUCGGACUUGACAAGACUACUUAUGAAGACAAAGCUUAUCAUUUGGGAUAAAGCUCCCAUGAUGCAUAAAUAUUGCUUUAAAGCUCUUGAUAUAAGCUUAAAGGAUGUUAUGCAAUCAAUAAAUCCAGCAAAUCGUCAUAUCCCAUUUGGUGGUAAGGUGGUUGUGUUCGCUGGUGACUUAAGACAAAUAUUGCUUGUUGUUCCCAAAGGUAGCAGACAAGAUAUUGUCUUUUCAACAAUUAAUAGUUCUUUUUUGUCGGACUUUGUCGUGUGCUUAGAUAUAUUGAUGCAAAACAUGCGUCUCAAAUUAGGAUUCGGUAAGUCAAAUCUGGAAGAAAUUGGGGAGUUAUAUGAGUGGAUUCUGAACAACAGAGAUGGCAAAGUUGGUGAACCGAAUAAUGGUGAAGCCAAUGUAGAAAUUCCUCAUGAAACAUUGGUAUAUGGAGGAGAUGACCCAAUUUCUGCAAUAGUCGAUAACACAUAUCCUAAUCUAGAAGAUGACAUCUAG